AUGGUAGGACAGCAGACCGCGCCACUGGAACACCAGGUUGAUGCGCGCUGGCUGAUGGCUUACGCCGCCGGAUUAAACGAUACACUCGACUGCUACAUGGACACCACCGCCGGUCCUGUCCUGGCACAUCCGGUGUUUCCUGUGUGUCCGGAAUGGCCGGUGAUAUUGAACGUCCGGGCAAUGGCUGGUGGGCAAACCCUGAGCCCGGCAGAAGCCGCCAGGGGUGUGCACGCCGCCCACGAUCUGCACAUUUUCAAACCCAUAAAAGCCGGAGACCACAUUACGACGACGGCGACGAUGAUCGGUAUUAACCAGAUCAAACCAGGCGCUGCUUACACCCUGCGCCUGGACACACAUGACGCCAACAGCGGCGAUCUGCUGGCGCAGACCUACCAACUGGGCAUCUAUCGGGGCGUGAACGUCGCCGGAGACAAUAACAAUCUUGAAGCCCCACCGGCGCUACCCCAACUCAGUGACCUGGCCAAUGGGCAGGUUGAGAAGAUCGAUGUGAACGCGGGCACCGCCCACAUCUAUACAGAAUGCGCGCGCAUCUGGAACCCGAUUCAUACUGAUCGGAAAGUUGCCAUCGACGCAGGGCUACCGGAUAUCAUCCUGCAUGGCACCGCAACCCUGGCGCUGGCCGUCAGCAGUCUGGUGAAAAAAUACGCAGGGGGCGACCCGACAUCAGUGAAGCGCCUGGGCGGUCGUUUCGCCGCUAUGGUAUUACUACCUUCACAGAUAGAUAUCGUUAGCGCCAUCAGUGGCGACACCAUUACUUUCCAAGUACACAAUGCCCAGGGCGAGCUAGCCAUAAGCAACGGUUUCAUGGUGUUAGCCUAA